AUGCAAAACUCCCGAUCUGUCCUACUGACGGCGUCGAACAACGAGAUCCGCCGGCACAAGGACCCGCAGCGACCACCUCACAACAUGCCGAGGACGUACCACCAUGACAGCGGCGAUCUCUCAGCGGAAGAUCUGAAAGGAAACUUGGCCGUCCUCCCCGAGAUCCCGAUCUCGACGAGCGCGAAGGUCAGCAUCGAAGAUCUGCAGGUGGGAGACUCUGGUUCUGCCACACCCGAGGAGAUCGAGAGGCUCGGCAAAUAA